AUGAAAGGAGACUUUGGUUUGAUCGCAAUAUUUGCGAUCAUCCUAGCCGCAGUAAAUUUAGAAGCAGCCCCUAAGCAGGCAGCACCUACAGUAUGCCCAAGUGAAGAUUCUCUCGAGGAAACGGUUUUACUAGCUCAUGAAUCAGAUUGCAGCAAAUUUUAUGUUUGCUUUUUAGGUGAAAAAAUUUUGAAAGAGUGUCCGUACAGUAACAGUAGAGGCGAUAGGCUACACUUUAAUCCUCUACUUCAGGUUUGUGACUAUCCUUCAGAAGUAGGUUGUAAAUUUCAACCUGUACUAACAACAUAUGUAGAUGUGCCACUAACAAACCAACAAACAUCGCAACUAACAACGCCACGUAACAUACCAUCUUCGAUAUCAUCAUCUAACCCAUCAAAUUCAAUUCGAUACGAAGCACAUGAGUGCAGAUGCAAUUUAUAUUAUGAGAAUAUUAAUGGUAAAAAAAUACUCAACAAGUGUUCGAAUGAUAGGUGUUGGAACCAAGAUCUGCAAACCUGUUAUAUAGACGAGAAAAAAGAAAGUAAGCAACAAGGAAUCUCGACGACAAAACCAACGUUACCAUUUAAGCUAACGUGUACGGAAGGAGAACUCCGAAAACAUGAAUGCCAAUGUCAAAUAUAUUAUCAAUGCAUUAAUGGAGAUUUAGAACGGAAAAGUUGUAAAGAAGACGAUCAUUGGGAUGAUGUUAACAAAAAAUGCACACGACCUGGAAAAGCAAAAUGUACUUACGUUAAAUGUCCUAAUGGUUAUUACAAACCCGACGAAGUGGAUUGCGAUAAAUAUUACACGUGUGUAGGACAACAAUACGUACCGCAUACAUGUGCUUCUGGAUUAGUUUGGGAUCGAGAAGACGAACGUUGCAGUAAAACAGCAACUUGUCCUAUAAAUCAUUGUGAUCAAGGUUAUUUCAAGCCACACAAGACGGAAUGCAAUAAGUAUUACGUGUGUUAUCGUAAUAAUUACGUUGAGCAAACAUGUCCAUCUGGGUUACAUUGGGAUCGAAAACAUAAUGUUUGCAAUAAACCUGAAGAAGCAAACUGUCCUUAUUGCACAGCAGGUUCUACCAAGCCUCAUGAGCUUUAUUGCGAAUGGUAUUAUACAUGCAAAAACGGUGAAUAUAUCAAGCAGGAAUGUUCAAUAGGAGAACAGUGGGAUCGCAAUAACCAUAGCUGCAGAAGAAUUGAGGAUGCGAAUUGUCCUCUAAAUCAUUGUAAUCAAGGCUAUUACAAACCCCACGAGAAGGAGUGCGAUAAGUAUUAUGUGUGUUAUCAUAAUGAUUAUGUUCAGCAAACAUGUCCAUCUGGGUUACAUUGGGAUCGAAACCAUAAAAUUUGCACAACACCUGAUAAAGCAAAUUGUCCUUAUUGCAUCGAAGGUACUACCAAGCCUCAUGAGCUAUAUUGCGAAUGGUAUUAUACAUGCAAAAACGGUGGAUAUAUCAAGCAGGAAUGUUCAAUAGGAGAACAGUGGGAUCGCACUAAUCAUCGCUGCAGAAGAAUUGAGGAUGCGAAUUGUCCUCUAAAUCAUUGUGAUCAAGGAUAUUACAAACCCCACGAGAAGGAGUGCGAUAAGUAUUAUGUGUGUUAUCAUAAUGAUUAUGUUCAGCAAACAUGUCCAUCUGGGUUACAUUGGGAUCGAAACCAUAAAAUUUGCACAACACCUGAUAAAGCAAAUUGUCCUUAUUGCAUCGAAGGUACUACCAAGCCUCAUGAGCUAUAUUGCGAAUGGUAUUAUACAUGCAAAAACGGUGGAUAUAUCAAGCAGGAAUGUUCAAUAGGAGAACAGUGGGAUCGCACUAAUCAUCGCUGCAGAAGAAUUGAGGAUGCGAAUUGUCCUCUAAAUCAUUGUGAUCAAGGCUAUUACAAACCCCACGAGAAGGAGUGCGAUAAGUAUUAUGUGUGUUAUCAUAAUGAUUAUGUUCAGCAAACAUGUCCAUCUGGGUUACAUUGGGAUCGAAACCAUAAAAUUUGCACAACACCUGAUAAAGCAAAUUGUCCUUAUUGCAUCGAAGGUACUACCAAGCCUCAUGAGCUAUAUUGCGAAUGGUAUUAUACAUGCAAAAACGGUGGAUAUAUCAAGCAGGAAUGUUCAAUAGGAGAACAGUGGGAUCGCACUAAUCAUCGCUGCAGAAGAAUUGAGGAUGCGAAUUGUCCUCUAAAUCAUUGUGAUCAAGGCUAUUACAAACCCCACGAGAAGGAGUGCGAUAAGUAUUAUGUGUGUUAUCAUAAUGAUUAUGUUCAGCAAACAUGUCCAUCUGGGUUACAUUGGGAUCGAAACCAUAAAAUUUGCACAACACCUGAUAAAGCAAAUUGUCCUUAUUGCAUCGAAGGUACUACCAAGCCUCAUGAGCUAUAUUGCGAAUGGUAUUAUACAUGCAAAAACGGUGGAUAUAUCAAGCAGGAAUGUUCAAUAGGAGAACAGUGGGAUCGCACUAACCAUCGCUGCAGAAGAAUUGAGGAUGCGAAUUGUCCUCUAAAUCAUUGUGAUCAAGGCUAUUACAAACCCCACGAGAAGGAGUGCGAUAAGUAUUACGUGUGUUAUCAUAAUGAUUAUGUUCAGCAAACAUGUCCAUCCGGAUUACAUUGGGAUAGAAACCAUAAAAUUUGCACAACACCUGAUAAAGCAAAUUGUCCUUAUUGCACCGAAGGUUCUACCAAGCCUCAUGAGCUAUAUUGCGAAUGGUAUUAUACAUGCAAAAACGGUGGAUAUAUCAAGCAGGAAUGUUCAAUAGGAGAACAGUGGGAUCGCACUAACCAUCGCUGCAGAAGAAUCGAGGAUGCGAAUUGUCCUCUAAAUCAUUGUGAUCAAGGCUAUUACAAACCCCACGAGAAGGAGUGCGAUAAGUAUUAUGUGUGUUAUCAUAAUGAUUAUGUUCAGCAAACAUGCCCAUCUGGUUUACAUUGGGAUCGAAACCAUAAAAUUUGCACAACACCUGAUAAAGCAAAUUGUCCUUAUUGCAUCGAAGGUACUACCAAGCCUCAUGAGCUAUAUUGCGAAUGGUAUUAUACAUGCAAAAACGGUGGAUAUAUCAAGCAGGAAUGUUCAAUAGGAGAACAGUGGGAUCGCACUAACCAUAGCUGCAGAAGAAUUGAGGAUGCGAAUUGUCCUCUAAAUCAUUGUGAUCAAAGCUAUUACAAACCCCACGAGAAGGAGUGCGAUAAGUAUUACGUGUGUUAUCAUAAUGAUUAUGUUCAGCAAACAUGUCCAUCUGGAUUACAUUGGGAUCGAAACCAUAAAAUUUGCACAACACCUGAUAAAGCAAAUUGUCCUUAUUGCAUCGAAGGUUCUACCAAGCCUCAUGAGUGUUAUUGCGAAUUAUACUAUAAAUGCAAAAACGGUGGAUAUAUCGAGCAGGAGUGUUCAAUAGGAGAACAGUGGGAUCGCAAUAACUAUCGCUGCAGAAAAAUUGAGGAAGCGAAUUGUCCUCUAAAUCAUUGUGAUCAAGGCUCUCACAAACCCCACGAGAAGGAGUGCGAUAAGUAUUAUGUGUGUUAUCAUAAUAAUUACAUUCAGCAAACAUGUCCAUCCGGAUUACAUUGGGAUAGAAACCAUAAAAUUUGCACAACACCUGAUAAAGCAAAUUGUCCUUAUUGCACCGAAGGUUCUACCAAGCCUCAUGAGCUAUAUUGCGAAUGGUAUUAUACAUGCAAAAACGGUGGAUAUAUCAAGCAGGAAUGUUCAAUAGGAGAACAGUGGGAUCGCACUAACCAUCGCUGCAGAAGAAUCGAGGAUGCGAAUUGUCCUCUAAAUCAUUGUGAUCAAGGCUAUUACAAGCCCCACGAGAAGGAGUGCGAUAAGUAUUAUGUGUGUUAUCAUAAUGAUUAUGUUCAGCAAACAUGUCCAUCCGGGUUACAUUGGGAUCGAAACCAUAAAAUUUGCACGACACCUGAAGAAGCCAAUUGUCGUAUUUGCGUCGAUGGUUCUACCAAGCCUCAUGAGUGUCAAUGCGAAUGGUCCUAUAAAUGCAUAUCUGGUGCAUGGAACCUGGAGAAAUGUCUGAAGGGAUUCCACUGGGAUCGCAAUAACUAUCGUUGUAGUAGACCAGAAGAAGCACAUUGUCCUUCCUAUAAAUGUACAGAAGGUCCAUUCAAGCCCUACGAAAAUGUAUGCAAUAUGUAUUACGAGUGCGAAAAUAAUAAUUACGUUCCGAGAACAUGUAAAUCUGGAUUACAUUGGAAUCAAGCACGUAAUCAGUGCACAUCAGUUGAAGAAGCAAAUUGUCCUUACCUACCAAAAGUGAGAUGUGUCGAGGAUUCUACCUUGUAUCACGAGUGUAAAUGCGAAUUGUACUAUCAAUGCGUAAAAGGUGAAUUGAUUCAAAGGAAAUGCCCAGAUGGAAAAGAAUGGGAUCGCAAAAAUAAUAAAUGCGAAAUAGCUGAAGUGGCAAAAUGUCCUUAUCAUCCGUCUACUUGCAAAGAAGGUUCAUUUAAAUCCAACGAAUUAGAAUGCAACAAGUAUUACGUCUGUGAAAAUGGUAUUUACGUUCAGAAAAUAUGUCCAUCUGGAUUAUAUUGGGAUCGAAAACACAAUAUUUGCUCAUUUCCUGAAUUAGUUGAUUGUUCUGUGUGCGUCGAGAAUUCUACCGCUCCUCACGAGUGUAAUUGUAAUUUGUACUAUCUAUGCAGAAACGGUAAAUUUACCAAGCAGAAAUGUGAUGGGAAAUUGGAAUGGGAUAGAGUAAACCGUCAGUGUAGAGAUCCAAGCGAAGCAAAUUGUCAUAAAAAUUUCGUCUGUGUUGAAGGUUCUUAUAAUUACGUUACAAAAGCAUGCGAUCCUGGGUUAUAUUGGAAUCAAGAAUACAAUCUUUGCAUGAAACCAUUAGAUGCACUUUAUUCUACGGCACUUAUUACCACGUGUGCAGAAGGUCUUUUCAAACCCCACGAGAAGGACUGCGAUAAGGUUUACAUGUGCAUAAAUCACAUGUACAUUCAACUUAAAUGUUCAUCUGGAUUCUAUUGGAAUCAAGAACGCCUAUACUGCACCGCACCAUCAGAAGCAAAUUGUCGUCACCGAUCGUGCGUCGAGGCUUCUACUCAGGCUGAUAAUUUUUAUUGCGAAUUCUAUUAUGUAUGCGUAGACGGUAUGCUUAUCCAACAUAAAUGUCCAAACGGAUUACAUUGGGAUCCAAUACACAAUAUUUGCACAACACCUGAUAAAGCAAAUUGUCCUUCAAUUCAAUCGAGCCAAGCACGUCAGGAACAUCCAUUCGGAAUCAAAACAGUAUGCGUACAGCCACAGAAUUCGAACUGCAAAUCUACAAAUGAAGAAAAUAUACCAGAAGUAUCUAUAAAGGAUGCUCACUUAAUGGAAGAAGUUCCUCCAUCAUCUAAAAUAGUUUCAUCAUCAACGUAUACUGAGGGUAUCCCAGAUCAUUGUCCUGCAGAUGAUUUUGGAAAACUUGUACACUUGCCCCACGAAACAAAUUGUUCCCUAUUUUACAAAUGCAACAAAGGUCAAAAAAUACUUCAAAAGUGUCCACCAGGAUUACAUUUUAAUCCAGUGAUGCAAAUAUGCGAUCUUCCGGCAAAUGCUAAAUGCACCAGCAAACCAGAAAAUAAAGUAGACAAAAAUCAAGAUUUAUUAGAAAUUAAUCAAUCAAUUAUUUCUCAAUCAUACGAAACAGAAAUUAUUUCAACGACUCCUGGCAGUAUCCCAGAUCAUUGUCCAUUAAAUGAUACUGGUGAAGUAGUACAUUUGCCUCACGAAACAGAUUGUACGCUAUUUUAUAAAUGCAACAAAGGUGAGAAAAUAAUUCACCAGUGUCCACCAGGCUUACAUUUCAAUCGAGAGUUGCAAAUAUGCGAUCUUCCGGAACAUGCUAAAUGCACCAGCAAACCAGAAAAUAAAGUAGACAAAAAUCAAGAUUUAUUAGAAAUUAAUCAAUCAAUUAUUUCUCAAUCAUACGAAACAGAAAUUAUUUCAACGACUCCUGGCAGUAUCCCAGAUCAUUGUCCAUUAAAUGAUACUGGUGAAGUAGUACAUUUGCCUCACGAAACAGAUUGUACGCUAUUUUAUAAAUGCAACAAAGGUGAGAAAAUAAUUCACCAGUGUCCACCAGGCUUACAUUUCAAUCGAGAGUUGCAAAUAUGCGAUCUUCCGGAACAUGCUAAAUGCACCAGCAAACCAGAAAAUAAAGUAGACAAAAAUCAAGAUUUAUUAGAAAUUAAUCAAUCAAUUAUUUCUCAAUCAUACGAAACAGAAAUUAUUUCAAUGACUCCUGGCAGUAUCCCAGAUCAUUGUCCAUUAAAUGAUACUGGUGAAGUAGUACAUUUGCCUCACGAAACAGAUUGUACGCUAUUUUAUAAAUGCAACAAAGGUGAGAAAAUAAUUCACCAGUGUCCACCAGGCUUACAUUUCAAUCGAGAGUUGCAAAUAUGCGAUCUUCCGGAACAUGCUAAAUGCACCAGCAAACCAGAAAAUAAAGUAGACAAAAAUCAAGAUUUAUUAGAAAUUAAUCAAUCAAUUAUUACUCAAUCAUACGAAACAGAAAUUAUUUCAAUGACUCCUGGCAGUAUCCCAGAUCAUUGUCCAUUAAAUGAUACUGGUGAAGUAGUACAUUUGCCUCACGAAACAGAUUGUACGCUAUUUUAUAAAUGCAACAAAGGUGAGAAAAUAAUUCACCAGUGUCCACCAGGCUUACAUUUCAAUCGAGAGUUGCAAAUAUGCGAUCUUCCGGAACAUGCUAAAUGCACCAGCAAGCCAGAAAAUAAAGAAGACGUAAAUCAAGAUUUACCAGAAACUAAAGGAACAUCUAGUGCGGCUCCUGAAUCAUCGACAAGAGUCCCAGCUUCAUCGACUCCUGGCAGUAUCCCAGAUCAUUGCCCACCAGACGAUUCCGGUAAUGUAGUACAUUUGCCUCACGAGACGAAUUGUUCGCUGUUUUACAAAUGCCACGAAGGUCAAAAAAUUGCCCUUCAAUGCCCACCAGGCUUACAUUUCAAUCCAAUUUUGCAAGUUUGCGAUCUUCCGGAACAAGCGAACUGCAAAAGCAAACCAGGCGAUAAAGAAGACGAAAUACAAGAUUUACCAGAAACUAAAGGAACAUCUAGUGCGGCUCCUGAAUCAUCGACAAGAGUCCCAGCUUCAUCGACUCCUGGCAGUAUCCCAGAUCAUUGCCCACCAGACGAUUCCGGUAAUGUAGUACAUUUGCCUCACGAGACGAAUUGUUCGCUGUUUUACAAAUGCCACGAAGGUCAAAAAAUUGCCCUUCAAUGCCCACCAGGCUUACAUUUCAAUCCAAUUUUGCAAGUUUGCGAUCUUCCGGAACAAGCGAACUGCAAAAGCAAACCAGGCGAUAAAGAAGACGAAAUACAAGAUUUACCAGAAACUAAAGGAACAUCUAGUGCGGCUCCUGAAUCAUCGACAAGAGUCCCAGCUUCAUCGACUCCUGGCAGUAUCCCAGAUCAUUGCCCAUCAGACGAUUCCGGUAAUGUAGUACAUUUGCCUCACGAGACGAAUUGUUCGCUGUUUUACAAAUGCCACGAAGGUCAAAAAGUUGCCCUUCAAUGCCCACCAGGCUUACAUUUCAAUCCAAUUUUGCAAGUUUGCGAUUUUCCGGAACAAGCGAACUGCAAAAGCAAACCAGGCGAUAAAGAAGACGAAAAACAAGAUUUACCAGAAACUAAAGGAACAUCUAGUGCGGCUCCUGAAUCAUCGACAAGAGUCCCAGCUUCAUCGACUCCUGGCAGUAUCCCAGAUCAUUGCCCAUCAGACGAUUCCGGUAAUGUAGUACAUUUGCCUCACGAGACGAAUUGUUCGCUGUUUUACAAAUGCCACGAAGGUCAAAAAGUUGCCCUUCAAUGCCCACCAGGCUUACAUUUCAAUCCAAUUUUGCAAGUUUGCGAUCUUCCGGAACAAGCGAACUGCAAAAGCAAACCAGGCGAUAAAGAAGACGAAAAACAAGAUUUACCAGAAACUAAAGGAACAUCUAGUGCGGCUCCUGAAUCAUCGACAAGAGUCCCAGCUUCAUCGACUCCUGGCAGUAUCCCAGAUCAUUGCCCAUCAGACGAUUCCGGUAAUGUAGUACAUUUGCCUCACGAGACGAAUUGUUCGCUGUUUUAUAAAUGCGUUGGAGGUGUCAAAGUAAUUCAACAGUGUCCAGCGAAUUUACAUUUCAAUCGAGUUUUGGAAGUCUGUGAUUGGCCAGAACAUGCUGAAUGCACAAACGGGAAGGAAGAUAAAAAUUAA